AUGUUCGCGGCCCUGAAAGCAUCCGCUACGCGACACGCCACGAAACCCGCUGCUUCAGCCGUCCCGUCGAUCUCGAGGCAUUCACGAUGCGUACAUCCACUGGCAGUGGACUGGAGCGGAUUCGUUGGACAUGUGCCCCCGGUGACGGCAAACCUUGUUCCCAUUGUAAUUGAGCAGACUGGCCGGGGCGAGAGGAGUUAUGACAUAUUUUCUAGGCUGUUGCGCGAGCGGGUCAUAAUGCUUUACGGACCGAUCAGAGAUACAGACUCUGCUCUGACGGUCGCACAACUACUCUUCUUGGAAGCUGAAGAGACGUCUAAACCAAUCCAUAUUUACAUCAACUCCCCCGGAGGCAGCGUAACGGCCGGUCUGGCCAUUUACGAUACGAUGCAAUACGUCUCUUCCCCCAUUCACACAUAUUGCAUCGGUCAAGCGUGCUCAAUGGGUUCAUUACUUCUCGCUGCUGGGGAGAAGGGGAAACGGCACGCACUCCCGAACUCGAGCAUCAUGAUUCACCAACCCUCGGGUGGUGCCUCGGGACAAGCCAGCGACAUUGCCAUACAUGCGAAGGAGAUUCUGCGCGUCCGGGAAGUGCUGACGGGGAUCUACCAAAAGCACUGCGGUCAUGAGGGAGAGUCUGUGCAAGACGGGAUGGACCGCUUUGAGAAAGCCCUUGAGCGAGACUACUUCAUGACAGCUCAAGAAGCUCUCCAGUUCGGGAUCGUUGACAGGGUACUCGAGAAACGCCCGCAUAUAGAGAGCGUUUGA